AUGGCACUCGCCGCAUACAGACAUCUGCUUCGAGCAACACGUAUCGCAUUCCAGGGCGACUUCCCGCUUCUGCAUGCUGCCAGGACGCAGGCACGUGCUGGUUUUGACAGUCUGAGUUCCCUAGACCCUGCUUCUGAGGAGGCUUCCAAGGGAAUAGCCCAUGCCGAAGGUGUCGCACAAGUUCUCAGACACAAUGUCGUUCAAGGAGAGCGACAGGGAGACUCUGAUAUUUUGAAAUUAAACAUACACGAAGAUACAGAGCGAGGCGACAAUGAUACGAUCAAGAACCCAUUAUGCAAAGGUGGAAAAGUCAAGAUGGCUGGUGGAUCGUGA